CGGGCUGAGCCGGCCUCUUGGAAUGCUGCCUGCGCUUCCGGGGACCUCGAGCCGGGCUCUGGAGUCUUCCGGUAGGCGGCGCGGGAGGAAAGAGAGGCUUGAGGGGCUGGGCCAGCCCGGGCGGAUCCCCUCCUCUCUCAAUGUGAGCAGUGUCCCGAGCUCCCGUCUGGUGAAGGCUGCCCUGAGAGGUGGAGCUGGUGGCCGGGCCGGGACCAUGAGGCAGUGUCUCCUCUUCCUGACCAGCUUGGUUCCUUUCGUGCUGGCGCUGCGACCUCCGGACGAGCAGGGCUUCGGCUCCCCCCAGCGACUCGAGAAGCUUGAUUCUUUGCUCUCAGACUACGAUAUCCUCUCUUUAUCUAAUAUCCAGCAGCACUCGGUAAGAAAAAGGGAUCUACAGGCCUCAACACAUUUAGAAACACUGCUGACUUUUUCAGCCUUGAAAAGGCAUUUUAAAUUAUACCUGACAUCAAGUACUGAACGCUUUUCCCAGAAUUUCAAAGUCGUGGUGGUAGAUGGUAAAGAUGAAAGCGAGUACACCGUUAAGUGGCAGGACUUCUUCAGCGGACACGUGGUUGGUGAGCCUGACUCUAGGGUCCUAGCCCACAUAGGAGAUGAUGAUAUUACAAUAAGAAUCAACACAGAUGGGGCAGAGUAUAAUAUAGAGCCACUUUGGAGACUAAUUAAUGAUACUAAAGACAAAAGAAUAUUAGUUUAUAAGUCUGAAGAUAUCAAGAAUGUUUCACGUUUGCAGUCUCCAAAAGUGUGUGGUUAUAUAAAGGCAGAUAAUGAAGAGUUGCUUCCGAAAGGGCUGGUAGACAGAGAGCCACCUGAUGAGCUUGUUCAUCGAGUGAAGAGGAGAGCAGACCCUAAUCCCAUGAAGAACACGUGUAAAUUAUUGGUGGUCGCAGAUCAUCGCUUUUACAGAUACAUGGGCAGAGGGGAAGAGAGCACAACUACAAAUUACCUAAUAGAGCUAAUUGACAGAGUUGAUGACAUCUAUCGGAACACUUCAUGGGACAAUGCAGGUUUUAAAGGUUAUGGAAUACAGAUAGAGCAGAUUCGCAUUCUCAAGUCUCCACAAGAGGUAAAACCUGGUGAAAGGCACUACAAUAUGGCAAAAAGUUAUCCAAAUGAAGAAAAGGAUGCUUGGGAUGUGAAGAUGUUGCUAGAGCAAUUUAGCUUUGAUAUAGCUGAAGAAGCUUCUAAAGUCUGCCUAGCACAUCUUUUCACCUAUCAAGAUUUCGAUAUGGGAACUCUUGGAUUAGCUUAUGUUGGUUCUCCCAGAGCAAACAGUCAUGGAGGUGUUUGUCCAAAGGCUUAUUAUAGUCCAAUUGGAAAGAAAAAUAUUUAUUUGAAUAGUGGUUUGACCAGCACAAAAAAUUAUGGUAAAACCAUCCUUACAAAGGAAGCCGACUUGGUGACAACUCAUGAAUUGGGGCACAAUUUUGGAGCAGAACAUGAUCCAGACGGUCUACCAGAAUGCGCCCCAAAUGAAGACCAGGGAGGGAAAUACGUCAUGUAUCCCAUAGCUGUGAGUGGAGAUCAUGAGAACAAUAAGAUGUUUUCAAACUGCAGUAAGCAGUCCAUCUAUAAGACCAUUGAAAGUAAGGCUCAGGAGUGUUUUCAAGAACGCAGCAACAAAGUGUGUGGGAACUCCCGAGUAGACGAAGGAGAGGAGUGCGAUCCUGGCAUCAUGUACCUGAACAACGACACCUGUUGCAACAGCGACUGCACGUUGAAGCCGGGUGUGCAGUGCAGUGACAGGAACAGUCCUUGCUGUAAAAACUGUCAGUUCGAGACUGCCCAGAAGAAGUGCCAGGAGGCCAUUAACGCCACCUGCAAAGGCGUGUCGUACUGCACAGGGAACAGCAGUGAAUGCCCCCCACCCGGAAAUGCUGCAGAUGACACCGUGUGCUUGGAUCUUGGCAAGUGUAAAGACGGGAAGUGUGUUCCCUUCUGUGAGAGGGAGCAGCAGCUGGAGUCCUGUGCGUGUAACGAAACCGACAACUCGUGCAAGGUGUGCUGCAGGGACCCCUCAGGCCGCUGUGUGCCCUACGUUGACGCUGAACAAAAGAACCUGUUUUUGAGGAAAGGAAAGCCUUGUACAGUAGGAUUUUGUGACAUGAAUGGCAAAUGUGAGAAACGAGUACAGGACGUCAUUGAGCGAUUUUGGGACUUCAUUGACCAACUGAGCAUCAAUACUUUUGGAAAGUUUUUAGCAGACAACAUCGUAGGUUCCGUCCUGGUUUUCUCCUUGAUAUUUUGGAUUCCUUUCAGCAUUCUUGUCCAUUGUGUGGAUAAGAAACUGGAUAAGCAGUACGAGUCUCUGUCUCUGUUUCACCCCAGUAAUGUCGAAAUGCUCAGCAGCAUGGAUUCAGCAUCGGUUCGCAUCAUCAAGCCCUUUCCCGCCCCCCAGACCCCAGGCCGCCUGCAGCCCCUGCAGCCCGCCCCCGUGAUCCCUUCGGUGCCUGUGGCUCCGAAACUGGACCACCAGCGGAUGGACACCAUCCAGGAGGACCCCAGCACAGACUCACAUGUGGAUGAGGACGGCUUUGAGAAGGACCCCUUCCCAAAUAGCAGCACAGCUGCCAAGUCGUUUGAGGAUCUCACGGACCGUCCUGUGACGAGAAGUGAAAAGGCCUCGUCCUUUAAGCUGCAGCGUCAGAGUCGUGUUGACAGCAAAGAAACAGAGUGCUAGGUGAGGGAGCGGUCCUAAGCUCUCUGACUCUAGUGUGCAACGUAUUUCUAUAGAUCUGACCUAAAAUCACUCAGCUCAGCAGCUGCUGCUCGCGUGUUCGGACUUCCUUCUCGUAUGGAACACUUGUGUGGGUCGGCCCUUUUCCUUUUGGAGAGCUGAGGUGGAAUCUAGCUUAUUUUGAGGCUUUCAGGUUUUAGUUUUUUUGAUCUUUAAAACAUCCUUCAACCUGUGGUGCAAAAGCAUAAAAUACAGCUGGAUUAGGUUAUGAAUAUUUAUGUUUUUGUAAAUUAACCUUUUAUAUUGAUAAUAGCACUGAUUAGGGAGAUGAUCAAUUUUUUCUUUUUUAUACACUGUAAUGACCGGCUGAAUAUAAUGAGGCAUUUAGCAGUUACUUGUGAGGACAACUGGAACACAGAAUGGAUUUAUUUAUUUUUUGCCUUCAAGUAAAGACAAAGGAGAUAAAAUAGAGUUGUAUGUUAUCUCCAAAAGGUGUGUUCUGUUUCUAGGUUAUUUCUUGGAGCUUUUAGCACCAGGGAGAUUCACACAUCUAAAUUUAGGAAUAAUUUGGAGUAAUCAGUUUCUUCUUAAUUCUAAAAUUCAUACUUUCCAGAAUUAAAACAUUCUAACUUAUAGUGAGGGUUACAAAUAGUAGCCAAAUUGAAUUUACAGAAUCCUGCCAACUGCUUAAGGCCCUGAUUUGCUGGGCAGUUUCCUGUGUUUUGUAUGUAUCUUCAUGUAUCUCUAAUACUGUAGCCAUGCUCUUAAAUUCACCAUUCACAAAACCUAAACCGCUUCAAACCAAGAGUGUACGGUCGCCUCUUUUGAAACACUAGUGGCCAAGAGGGUACGUUGAUCGUUUAUCUCACCAGAAGAACGGGUGGUUUUCAAUGGGCCGGGGUCUGCCGUGCUGGCUGGGGGGGUGUUGGGGAGAGUGCUGCCUCCCUUGGGCCUGGGGCUCUGUCCCCGCACAGACUGAUUCUUAAAAACCCUUUCUGUGGCCCCGCAAGUGAACAUCUGCAUUAUUCUUGCUUUCGUGCUUCAGGAUUCUGGACGUCUGCAUUUACUGUGUGAAGGAUAAAAUUCAUCAGCAUGAAUUCCGAUUUCCUGAAAAUUAUAAUUAAAACCUUUUUCCCCCUAAGUACUGAAAUGUGCUCACCAGCCAACACAUUUUAACUGCGAGAACUUGUGAACUUCAAGGGUAAUCAACCAAACCUGUGACAUAGCGUCUUUUUCCUGAGGACGUUUGUUACACAGAUACCUGUUACACUAAUACUUGAACUUGUACCUUGUGGUAUUUGCUGUCUUUUAACUAGUCACAAUAUUCUUAUAUUUUAGUUUCACUUUUGGAAUCUGAUUAAGGUGAGUGGGGUGUGUGGGUGUACGUGUGAGAGUGAAACAGUUCCCAGCUGGAUGUAAGAAACAUUUUUUAUAAA